GCUUGAAACUGCAUUUUGCUUUCACAUCACUUUCACUGUCUCUGUGAAAUUUGUUUUUGGUACUCUUGCUCUCGGUGUUUUUCUCUUAGAGUUUUCGACGCCCAUUCCUCGAUCACAUUUUCUUUGGAAGCCAGUGAGAAUGGAACAAAGGCUCAUUUGCACCCUCGCUCUUCACCUUGCUCUAUUUUUUCUUCUCUAUUUUUGUGGGUCCCACUCUACCCCAUUUUUUGAUGUAAAAGAGCCCGUUCUUACGGAAAUAAAAGUCAAUGCAUUGGCUCCUGAUAUAUCUCCAAGUGGGGACUCUCGGCCCUUUCUUCCCCUUUUAGCUCCUUCACCAUUGAUACCGUUUGCAAAUAACACUGUGCCGAUAUUAUCAGGACUCUGUACAUUAAAUUUUUCAUCUGCUGAAAGUGUAAUGGUAAUAACAGCAACUGACUGCCAGGCUUCCUUUGCACCAUAUAUGGCCAAUGUGGUAUGUUGUCCUCAAUUUGAUGCCACACUAGAGAUUAUUCUUGGGCAGUCCAGUAAAUAUUCUGGGAGGCUUGCUUUGAACAAGACUCAAGCCAGCCACUGCCUAUCAGAUGUUGAGAAGAUUCUAGAGAGUCAAGGAGCUAAUGAGGAGCUCCAAAAGAUAUGUUCGUUUCACCCUGAGAACCUCACAGUAGCCUCUUGCCCUGUCACAGAUGUUGAUGAAUUUGAGCGCACUGUUGACUCUUCUAGACUUUUGGCUGCUUGUGGAAGGAUUGAUCCUGUCAAUGAAUGUUGUGACCAAGUUUGCCAAAAUUCUAUACUAGAUGCUGCUAAAAAAAUUUCCCUUAAUGGCAUCUCAAAUAAGGAAGUGGUCCCUCAUGGAAGGAUUGAUGAUUGCAAGAAUAUUGUCCUCAGGUGGUUGGCCAGUAGACUUGAUGCUUCUUCAGCCAAUGGUGUCCUUAGAGGUCUUUCGAAUUGCAAUGUAAACAAAGUUUGUCCACUACUUUUUCCCAAUAUGACAAAUGUUGUAAAAGAAUGUGGAAAUGUGAUAAGUAACCAGACAGUUUGCUGCAAAGCCAUGGAGAGUUAUAUGUCCCAAUUGCAGCAGCAGAGCUUCCUCACCAACUUGCAGGCACUGAAUUGUGCUGCAUCACUUGGAAUGAGGUUACAGAAAGCUAAUGUCUCCUACGAUAUUUACACUCUUUGUCAUAUAAACCUCCAGGAUUUCUCUGUUCAAGUUGGAUCACAAGGGUCUGGCUGCCUUUUAUCAAGCUUGCCUUCAGAUGCAACAUAUGAUAAAACUUCCACGAUUGGCUUUGUUUGUGAUCUGAAUGAUAACAUUGCGGCUCCUUGGCCUUCUAACUCUUAUGUACCUGCUUCUACCUGCAAUAAAACUAUCACUCUUCCAGCACUCCCCACAGCAACAUCUGCACAAAGUGGUCGUCACAAUGAGAACUUGAUGUUUCCACUGGUCGUGAUCCCCUUACUGGCUCUCAUGACACAUCUUUGAUUUUCGCAUUCAAGUUCCUUUGGUUCUUUUGGCCUCAAUAGAAGCUGCUCUUCAUACAGGAUAACUUUAUUAAUCUUGAAUCUUGGUAUACAUCUGGAGAGACAAAACGGCGGGGGGACUGGAAAUCCUGAUGUGAAUUUGAUGGGUAAUGCUAAUUGUAAUCACAUGUUACAAUUAUACGAGGAAAUCAAAUUGAAUGAAGAAGGUAGAUUUCAACUCCUGUGUGUGCAUCAUACUGUGUAAGCUAAGUGUGUACGUGCCCUGUUCCUUCUUUCAUUUUUGUGCACUCUUUUGUGCACUCCAGUGAUAUGAUUGGUUGGAUAUUUAUCCAACCAAUCAUAUCACUGGAGUGCGCAGGGAGUACGCAAAAGUGACUGUAUGUAGCAUUGCUCUUUUCUAUAUGAUUAAGAAGCAAAAUGUAAAUUUCUUAGAAGAGCUUCCUUAUGUUCAGCUCUGAUUAUGGUUUUAUUUAAUUACACCUAAUUAAUUUCUUGUGGAGAAAAGGGUUGAGAAGUUUCAAGUUGUGAACAGAAUAACUUUAUCUUUAUGAAAUUAAGUCUGUCUUUUGUAUUA